UGGGUGUGGGAGGCAGGAACGAGUCGGGGUGCAGCUUUCUGUUUUCCACGCYGUGAAAACAAUCCUGUGUUCAAGCAGUUUGUUCUGACUUCUUGGUCUUCCUCGUUUUCUUCCCUCUUCCUCACUUUGAGCUGUUGAAGAUCACAGCACGUCGUCAGCAGCAGGGACGCGUGGCCGAGGGAAGUCAUUGCCACACAUUGGAGUUUUGAAGGGUUUAUAUUUGUAUCUGAAAGCAUAAAAAGGUUAGACGGUCAAAAUAAAAGAGGGGAUCCUCGUGGACACCAAGGUGAUAAUGGCGCCUUCGUCCAUGAAGAACGGGCUCUUCCUUCCCCUCCUCGGCCUCCUCUACGCCCCGCUCUCCUGCCUGUGCCAGCUGACCAACGGCAGCUUAGCUAACCUCACAACCAGCAGCCCGACCACUCCCUCCGACCUCAGCUCCCUGACGGGUGUGCGAGGCUGCGGCGCCGGGCUGCAUCCCAUCUACAGGUUCCUGUGUGAUCGUCGGGCGGUGUGGGGGAUCGUCCUGGAGACCCUGGCCUCUGCAGGGUUCCUGUUCAGYGUCGGCCUCCUGCUGGCCCUCCUUCUCUGGACCCUGUGCGUGUGCGUGUCGUCUCGGCGGCGGUGCAACAGAGGCUACGGCGGCACGGUGUUCUGCAUAUCCCUGUUCCUGCUGGCCACCGCUGGGCUCUUCGGCCUCACCUUCUCCUUCAUCAUCGGCCUCACCCCGCAGACCUGUCCCACCAGGAUCUUCCUCUUCAGCGUGCUCUUCUCUUUAGCCUUCUCCUGCCUGCUCGCCCGCUGCCUCGCUCUGCUGGGUUUCGAGGCAGCCCGUGGCUGGGGGGAGCCCGCCGUGGCCUUGGGGCUCUUCACCGUGCAGGUCAUCAUCUCCACUCAGUGGCUCAUCGUCGUGCUGGUCCGGGACGAAAUGCYGUGCGAGUACAGCCAGGAGGAGUUCGCUAUGAUGCAGAUCUACGUGCUGUGCCUCCUGGCCGUUGGUCUGAUCCUCUCCAUGCACUUCCUGUGCCGCUCCUGCUCCUUGUACAGCUACAACUACAGGGGCCCCAUCAACCAGCAGUGGAGGAUCCACGCUGCGCUGCUCUUCUUCACACUGCUGCUCUCCGCAUGCAUCUGGGUGGUCUGGAUCACCAUGCUGACAUGGGGAAACUCUGAGGUGGGCCGUCGGCCRGCCUGGGACGACCCGGUUCUGACCAUAGCCUUGGUGGCCAACGGCUGGGUGUUACUUAUGGGACACGGGCUGUCCCAGGUAGCCUUCUUCUGCAGAGGGGAGGCCAYGGCCAAGGACACCCCUGUGAGCUUUGCAGGUUGGACCAGUACCAACCCCGACAUCCCUGGACUGGGAAGUCACAAAGAAGGAAAAGAAAAUGGGAGCUUUGAGAAUGAAAAUGAGAACAAGAGAGGCCGGAGAGCCGAGCCAGUGCUGCGAUCGCCCUACGAGUCCGGCUUCUCCAUGACGGAAAUCGACCCUAACAAGGAUUACACCAUCCCUCGCCCUCAGACCACCAACUACAACGAGCCGUUUGAUGAAUAUUAUGGAAGUGAUUAAAAUCCGAACGUCUCACAAAACAAAUGUACUGUAAAGCCAAAUAAAAAGGCGGACAAAUAGGCACAUGGAAAUAUGCWAAUGUAAAUAUUGUUUGGGUUUAUAAAUAUUUUAAUGUAAAAUCAUCAGGUCCAGUAAGUAAAAAAGGCACAUCUGUU